AUGGACUUCUUAGCGUGUUUGUUAAGAGAUCACAUUCUUGCUGGGUUCAUGGUCUCCAUCUUCACAGCUGGGCUUUUGGGAAACCUAAUGCUCUUCUUUUUUCUUCUAUUCCACUUCAAGGGGAAUUUGUGGACUGCCUGCAUUUGGAAUUUAGCCAUUGGUAAUUUUGGGGUCCUCAUAUUUUUGUGCAGCAUCUGUCUAUUAGCAUUCAGUAAUUAUCUUUGGGAGAACUCAAGCGAUGCCCUUGUUAAAUUGCUGCUACCACUGGCAUACCUAUUUCUAGUCAUGCAGUGUUAUCAUACUCAUUUUUUCAUGUCCAUUGGGGUGGAUUGGUGUUUUGCCCUUCUUUCUCCCAGUUGGCAUAAGUUCCACCAAUCAACCUAUCUGCCUUCUAUUAUAUCUGCCGUUUUGUCUGUCCUUCUCUGGCCUCUCACCUGUCAGCUUCUAUUCUUCUUCAACCUGGGGAUUGACACCCACACAAUCAUUGUUGUCUCCUUGAUGACUUUCAUUCCACUUAUGGUCAUCUCCAACCAAACCCUGAUUAUGAGGGUUUGGUGCAACCUGCACCAGCAAGGGAAAGUCCCUCUAGAAAUUGUACUGGGAAUCCUGUUCUCCCUGGUCACUUGGGGACCCAUACGUUUGUUUCUUACCCCAAAUAACCAUUUUGCCCUCAUCUCAAUAUUAGCAUUUGUGCUCACUUCCAUGAGCAGCACCAUCAACCCUGCAUUUUAUAUUCUUAUUGGAAAAGUACUUUUUCCUGAUGCCAGAAGUAAAAAAUUGCAUUUCAGGAAGGAUAAAUCUGUUAAACCACUGAGACUUUCAUCAUACUGGGCAACAAAAGAAGAAAUGUAA